ACUUCCGCUUCGCAUACGUCAUUGUCAAAAGAAAAUUAGGUUGGAGAAAUUGACGUGGCAUUGACAAAUAUUCGUGUAUUAGGUUGUCAUUGAGACGUUGUGGAAAGUAGCUUUGUUGUGAAGGUUAAUAUCAAGACCUAAUCUAUCCAAAAUUUUCCAUAAUUUUGUUACCGAUAAUCGCAUUAAACUUUAGUCAUCGAAAAUGGGGCUCACCAUUUCCAGCUUGUUCAAUCGUUUGUUUGGAAAGAAAGCAAUGAGAAUUCUCAUGGUUGGACUUGACGCUGCUGGUAAAACAACCAUCCUAUACAAGCUGAAACUAGGAGAAAUUGUGACAACUAUUCCCACAAUUGGUUUUAAUGUGGAGACAGUUGAGUACAAGAAUAUUAGUUUUACUGUAUGGGAUGUUGGUGGUCAGGACAAAAUCCGUCCUCUUUGGAGACACUACUUCCAGAAUACUCAUGGUCUCAUUUUUGUUGUGGAUAGCAAUGACCGAGAAAGAGUUGAUGAGGCUAAGGCAGAAUUAUGUAAAAUGUUGGAGGAAGAUGAGCUAAGAGAUGCUGUUUUAUUAGUGUUUGCCAACAAACAGGAUCUCCCCAAUGCCAUGUCAGCUUCAGAAAUCACAGAAAAACUGGGACUCAGUCAACUAAGGGGACGAAAAUGGUAUAUUCAAAGCACAUGUGCCACACAAGGAACAGGAUUAUACGAAGGACUUGAUUGGCUCUCAAAUGAGCUUUCAAACCAAUGAAAACUUUGUUUGCAAAAGAGGCUAGGAAUUUCUUUGUGGAUUUGCAUUUACAUUGUAAUUGUUCAAACAUUCAGUCAUAAGCCAUAAAGAUCAGAACAAAGUAUUGAAUGGACCUAGUGAAAAACAAGUGUUCACAAGAAAUUGUUCAUAACAGGGCAGAACUCCUUGUAGGAGAGACUGCACAUGCUUGUGUCAUUGUUAUCAAAAUGUUAAUGUAUUAAUUAAUCAUUAAAUUAUGUGUGCAUUGUUCAUAUGGAUAAGUGAUGUAUUUAAUAUAUAUACAUGUACAAGUUGUGAUUUUAUGUAUUGAGGAUUGUCUUCAUUCCAGAUUUUAGUAUUCAGUAUAUGAGACCAAUAUGUUCAAAUGUCUCCCGAUACUUAAUAUAGAUUCCAACAUUGAAAAGGUCAUAUAUUCAAUUUGGAUUUGGAUUUUUAAGAAGUUUGAUGUAUUUUUUUUUCUGUACAAUACUUCGUAUGUCUGUACAAUACUUCAUAUAUCAGGAAAGAUGUAAUGUAGCAGACAUGCGUAUAACACUUCCUAAGCUAUUUAUAGUGCCAUCAGAUAUUUGCUUUCACAAUGCAAUGCUAAUUGUUCUUCUGUUAAAUUCACAAAGUUUGAUGGCAUCAUAGUUGAAGCUUACUCUUUAUUAUCUGGAACAGUACUACAUAAGAACAACAAUAAAAUGUCACAUGGAUUUGGGCUAAAUAAGAAAAAUAUUUGCUUUUCCAGUACCAUCAUAAAUUUAUGAAGAUAAAUAUUGGGUGUACAUUUUUCUGUUUAAGUCUUGGUACGCCUGAUAAUUCUAUUGAAAUUGUUUUGGUGUUUAUAUGUAUAUGCAUUAAAGAAUGGGCAUGCUCUUGAAACAAAAAACAUUCUGGUGUGAAAAAAAGUUGUACAUAAUUACAUGUAUGUAGGUGACAUUAUUGCACUGUGCAUGCUGUUUUGUACUGAUUUGCAGAGCAUACAGUGUUCCAGAACUGUCAAAAAACCAAUGUUACAUCAUUUUCAGUUACACAUUCACAUACCUUAAAAUACAGUUUGGUUUAAACAUCUCUUUUUUUUAUGGUGUAUGGGAAAUUAUUUAAUAUAGACAGUUUUUAGUAUUUCCUUUUUAAGAUAACUUUUUUGCACAACUAUCAGUUCUUUUGGCAAUAUUCAGGAAAAAGCUCUCUAUGUUGUGUCAAAAUAUUUUAUUUUCUUUAAAAAUUGUAUGGCAUAUUUUUCCACCUUUAAUAUGUACCUGUGUAAAUUCAAGCUAAAUAUCAGAAUCUGUUUUAUUGCAAAAUUUGUAUUUUCAUAUUUAAACUUAUUUUUUCACUUUCUUCAUGAAUAGAAACAAUUAAAAGCUGCCUGUUUAGCAGACAAUGGUGUGGGAGAGUGAGAUAUUACGGAGGAAUCUACGUGUUCUCUGUAAAAAUUAUAUGAAUAAAUUGUGAUAAAAAUGAA